CAUAAACAUUUCAAGGCUUAACAAACUAAAAACCCACAAAAACCUAAACCCAGAACCCCACUAAACGCCCUCACAACAGCACAACCAAGCUAAUGAGUUCUUUCUCCAUGAUCCGCUCUCCAUAUCUCAUCCUUAUCUCUCUUGGUAACAUCUUCGCCUUUCAAUUUUCACUCUGUUAGCUACCCAAAUUAGUAGCUUAUUCAUUUUCAUUAAUGUGACGAACACUACUACCUGUUAUUUCAUCGUUUGGUUUUUGGCAUUGUUUAAUUUUUUUCUAUUGAAUUUGAAGUGUUCUGUUGUUGGAUUCUUCAUUUUGUGUAUUGGAUAUUGAAGAUUUGCUCAAGAUAGUUUCCUCAUCUAUUUUUUUAUGGGCAUAUUUCUGUUUUGAUAAAAUUCGUCCGAUAUUUUCGGGUUUCUUCAAGAUAAUGAUUUUAGUGAUGGUUUUGGAUUUGGGGUAUGCCUCUAAUAAGUGUUGAUGUGUAUGUUUUUGUUCUAUUGCUAUUUUAGAUGGGCUGUGAAGAUAUUUUCUCUUUAGAGUACAGAGUUUGGAUUUUGUCAUAUGGGUAUGUUUCAAUUUGAGGCAAACCCGGAACAUGCUAUCUCUGCGACCCAUUCGCAGAUUUUGCAAUUCUGCUGCGGCCAUUGCAUCAACCAAUCCUCGUGCAGUUGCAUUGAAUAACAUUCAAAAUCCUAAACUUUUGGUAGAUAAACCCUUGGAAGAACCUGCCCUUGUCAAGAUUAAAGCUGAGAGAGACCCUGAAAAGUUGUUUCAGCUUUUUAAGGCUAAUGCGCACAAUAGACUUGUUAUUGAGAAUAAGUUUGCUUUUGAAGACACUGUUUCUCGGUUAGCUGGGGUAUGUCGGUUUGAUUACAUUGAGCAUUUGCUUGAGCAUCAAAAGAGUUUGCCACAAGGUAGACGUGAAGGGUUCAUUGUAAGGAUUAUCAUAUUGUAUGGGAAGGCUGGGAUGGUUAAGCAAGCGAUUAACACUUUUUAUGACAUGCAUUUGUAUGGGUGUAAGCGAACAGUUAAAUCUUUUAACGCUGCACUUAAAGUUUUGUCACAAAGCCGAAAUCUAGAAGCAAUCCAGACAUUUCUUCUAGAUGUUCCACAACAGUUUGAUAUUAUGUUGGAUAUAUUUUCUGUUAAUAUUGUUAUUAAGGCUUUCUGUGAGAUGGGUAUAUUGGAUAAAGCAUAUUUAAUCAUGGUAGAGAUGGAAAGGCUGGGGAUAAAGCCAGAUGUCGUUACAUACACAACGCUUAUAUCAGCCUUCUAUAAGAAUAAUCGGGUGGAGAUUGGUAAUGGGUUGUGGAAUCUUAUGUUGCGGAAGGGGUGUUUACCCAAUCUUGCAACUUUUAAUGUAAGGAUUCAGUAUCUGGUUAACCGGAGACAAUCAUGGCAAGCCAAUAGUUUGAUGCGUUUGAUGCAACACCUUCGGAUAAUGCCUGAUGAGGUUACUUAUAAUUUGGUUAUUAAAGGGUUUUGCCAGGCUGGUUAUUUGGAGAUGGCCAAGAGGGUUUAUUCUGCUAUACAUGGUAGGGGAUAUAAACCUAAUGUUAAGAUUUACCAAACAAUGAUUCAUUAUCUUUGCAAGGGAGGAGAGUUCAAUUUAGCAUAUACAAUGUGUAAAGAUUGUAUGAGGAAGAGCUGGUUCCCGAAUGUGGAUACCAUUUAUACAUUACUUGAAGGCCUGAAGAAGAAUAAGCAGCUAGAUAAGGCUAAGAUGAUCAUGUCAUUGGCUCGCAGAAGAGUGCCACCUUUUUCAUCAGAUCAAUUAAGUUCUUUGCAAUCUAUUUUUUCAAAGAGUUGACUCCAAAUUGACUUUGGCUUGGAUCAUUUAACAAUGUGAUAGUGGAGUUUACAGUGGUUAUUCUUUUCAUUCAAAUCAUUAUAAACAACAGAUUGUAUUGGCAAACAUCUGGCCACAGAUUAAAUUGUACUACCACAAUAAAGUUCUACGUGAAAUGAAAGUUGUAGUGGACCAGGGCAACCCCAAAUUCUUGUUAGAAGUUUUCACGCCAACUCUGCCUUGUCUGGGAAGAGCUCAUAGGAAAUAGGGCCUGAGAAAGAAACUCCCUCUAAGAGUGCUGCUGCCAGUCGGAAAACUAUUUUAGAAACUGUUAACUUCGGGAACGCUUUUGAGUCUUGUCUGCAUGGCAGACUAUUUUAAAACGUUGUUUGAGAUUAAUUUUUUGGCACUGAAGUGAUUGAGAAUUGAUACUUCUGGUAAGUUGUUCAUAAGCGUAUUUGCAGCUCCAAGUUGCGGCUACAACAAUACGAGGCGGACGACAUUAUUCAGGCCUUCUGUAGACAUGACGGGAUUCAGGAUGUCAAACAUCAUGAAAAAUUGUCUAUCAAUGUGAAUAGAUCAACUGGUUGUGGAUCGGGAAGGAAGCUCUGGGUUUUCACACUGAGAUGAAUAGAAUACUUUUAGCUAUGAGUUUUUUGACAAUCAGAUGAAUAGAAAUACCUUAGCCAAGUUUUGACUCAGAUGAAUUGAUUUCUUUUACUUGCUUUGCUUACAGAAUAGAUAUUAUUUGGAAUACUAAUCUCAUUGCAUCGGAAAUAUUUUUUUUGUGCC